AUGUUCCAGCCAAUCCCGCCAGCAGAUAUUCCCCCGAUCUCUCCUAAGGCUUCUCGUAUUACUCCUGAUUUCAGUGCCACCGAUCCCGAGAGCAGCUCCCCUCCGUCUGAGACCCUGGACAGUGCGCCUGGGUCUUCAGGGUCUAGUGAUGCCGUUGGAAACAGGGAGACUGGUGGUGGGUCUGAAGUCAGUCAUAGUGAAAGAGGGUUUGAGAAUGGGCAGAGUCCGGAUUGGGAUGAUGAUGAUCUUGAAGAACCGGAAGAAAAGCCGAAGGCGGAAGAUUCUGAGGGGUCGGACUGA